GCGGGGCGGGGCGGGCAGGCGGCGGCUGAGCAUCGCGGCCCCGAGGACCAUGGGGGGUCUCCCCCCAGCACGUAAGUCGCUGCCCCUCCCCCUCCCGCCCCGCCCACCCCGCAGGUGAGGCGGCCCCGGGACACCUGCCCCGCCCCCUCCCGGCUGCUGCCGCAGCGCCGCUUCGGCCCCGCUUCAGCCCGGCCUGCAGCCCCCCUCCCUCCCGCCCCCACCGCUGCGGCUGCAGCACCGCGUGGCCCCGGCGGGAGCGGGGGCGUGGCGGGCGGGCGGGGAGGGGGGCCUGCCCGCUCCCCCGGGGCGUCCUCUCGGCCGGGCGGUGCGUCAGCGCUGUGCUCCGCCGGCAGGUGCCCGCGCCGAGGCCGCGCUGGGCCAUGGACCGUGAUGUGCUCCCCGCAGCGGCGGCCGCGGCCUCAGCUCUGAUGGAAAGCGGGGGCGAUGCCGGCGCGGGCGGGCGGCGGCGCGAGGCGGGCAGCGGGCAGGCCCCCGGCUCCGGCGAUGCGGCGGCCCCGAGCGGGCCCCUGCCCCGCGGGCCGAGCGCCCGGGACCCUCGCGCGGCGCCCCGCUUCCUGCGGCGGAGCGUGGUGGACUCGGACCAGGAGGAGCCGCCCCCCUUCGAGCCGCCCGAGCGGCAGCGCCCGCUGCUGCUGCUCUCCAAGACCCGGCGGAUCAUCGCCAAGCCGGACCCCGAGGGCGCGCCCGAGCCGGCCGGGGAGCCGCAGGAGCCGCCCCCCGCCGCCGAGGGCCAGCGGGAGCCGAGGAGGGAGGCGGCGGAGCCGGCGCGGGAGCAGAGCCGGGCGCGGCGGGAGGAGGAGGUGGAGGAGGAGGCCGACAUGAAGGCUGUGGCUACCUCGCCUGACGGCAGGUUCCUCAAGUUCGACAUCGAGCUGGGCCGCGGCUCCUUCAAAACGGUCUACAAGGGCCUGGACACGGAGACCUGGGUGGAAGUCGCCUGGUGCGAGCUCCAGGACAGAAAAUUGACAAAAGUAGAGAGACAGAGAUUUAAAGAGGAAGCAGAAAUGUUGAAAGGUCUUCAGCAUCCAAACAUUGUUAGAUUUUAUGACUUCUGGGAAUCCUGUGUAAAAGGAAAGAGAUGUAUUGUGCUGGUUACUGAAUUGAUGACCUCUGGCACACUGAAAACGUAUCUGAAGAGAUUUAAAGUGAUGAAACCAAAAGUUCUUCGUAGCUGGUGCCGGCAGAUUCUCAAAGGUCUACUUUUCUUGCACACAAGAACUCCACCCAUCAUUCACAGAGACUUAAAAUGUGACAAUAUUUUUAUUACUGGACCAACUGGAUCUGUGAAAAUUGGAGAUUUAGGUCUGGCAACCCUGAAGAGAGCUUCAUUUGCCAAAAGUGUAAUAGGUACUCCAGAAUUUAUGGCCCCAGAAAUGUAUGAAGAACACUAUGAUGAAUCAGUUGACGUAUAUGCUUUUGGAAUGUGUAUGUUGGAAAUGGCUACCUCAGAAUAUCCCUAUUCAGAAUGUCAGAAUGCUGCUCAGAUUUACCGGAAAGUAACCUGUGGUAUCAAGCCAGCAAGUUUUGAAAAAGUAACUGAUCCUGAAAUUAAGGAGAUAAUUGGAGAGUGUAUUUGCAAAAAUAAAGAAGAAAGAUAUGAAAUUAAAGACUUAUUAAGCCAUGCCUUUUUUGCUGAAGAUACAGGGGUAAGAGUGGAACUUGCAGAAGAAGACCAUGGUAGGAAAUCCUCUAUUGCCUUAAGACUCUGGGUAGAAGAUCCUAAGAAACUGAAAGGAAAACCCAAAGAUAAUGGAGCCAUUGAGUUUACUUUUGAUCUGGAGAAGGAAACUCCUGAUGAUGUUGCACAAGAAAUGAUUGACUCUGGCUUUUUUCAUGAAAGCGAUCUCAAGAUAAUUGCAAAGUCAAUACGUGACAGAGUAGCAUUAAUACAAUGGAGAAGAGACAGAAUUGGGCCCAGGAUCCAGUCAGAGGACCGUAGAGAUUCUGACUGUUUGGAGAAACUGAAGGUCCCACAUGCACAACAGGUUCAAGUUACGUACCUUUCCCAUGCUGGUCACCAUAUCCUGUCGGAAUCAGAGGAGCCAGAAGCUGACCAGCAUCCAUUUCAGCAGAACCUGCCUACCAGCGUCACAUCUGUUGCAUCUGACAGCACAUUUGACAGUGGUCAGGGGUCCACUGUUUAUUCAGACUCCCAGAGCAGCCAGCAAAGUGUCAUCUAUUCAUCUAUGCCUGAUUCAAUACCUCCUGCUAUUCAACGGGUUUACAGUCCACCUCUAAGUGAGAGCCAGGCUUUGCCUCAUAGUCUUCAGCAGCUAGGGCACUACCAGCAGCCUUCAGGACCUGGACUUCCAGUAGUUCAGACUCCACCUGCUGCUGCUGCUCUGUCUCAGCGACCACAACAUUAUCAAGAACCAGCAAUGACCUUUCCAGUUGUACAACCAACCACAGUUGCUUCAUUGCAGAUAGGUCAACAGCAGCCUGUGUUAGGCAGCCAGCAGCAGCAGUCCAUGGCACAGCAAGCCUCCCUGCAGCAGGUUCUAGCCAGCCAGCCAGUUUGUCCAUUGCAGCCUGCAGCCCAUUUGUUACCCCAGUAUCAAACCCAGAAUUCUCAGGUGGCAGCUAACAGUAUACAACUAAAACCCCUACAGAUUUCUACUAUGCCACAGGUUCCUCAAGUCCCACCCACCCAGAUUCCUCAGUUUCCUGUCAUUCCUGCAAUUACUCCUCUGGCAGGACUUGACAACCUUCCUCCAAACCUCUCUGAUUUACCUGCUGCAAGUGUGCCCCCUAUUCCUGCUCCUUCUCAAUAUUUUACUCCAGCUGUGAUUUUACCAAGCCUUCCCAUGAACCCUGCUCUGCCUCUGGCACCAAACUCCCCUGCCCUACCCAUGCAGGCAGUCAACCUUCCUCAUACUACUGUGGCUUCUUUGGUCUUGCCUUGCCAAACAAUAGUGCCAAAUAUGUCGGCUGCUCCAAUACCAUUACUUGCUGUGGCUCCACCGGGAGUGUCAGCUUUGCCAACACAUCAUGCAAUAUCCCAGCUCUCCCAGAUGUACCAGACUACCUUCCAGCAGAUAAUUCAGAAUGAAGCUCCCUCUCCCCAUCACACUCAGAGCACGCAAGCAGUUUCGCAGCAGCAGCAGCUGCCUCCACUUCCUCAGUCACUUCAGCCAAGCAUAAUUCAUCUUUCAGAACAGACUAUGUCUGCAUCUGGGGCUGGUAACCAGAUUAUUGGACAACCUCAGUAUGCUUUGGAAACUGGAGCCCAGGUGCCUAUAAUGCCAGUACAGCCUUCGAAAAUUAUGUCACCACCUUUGCAGUCACAGCCUGAAAUAUUGCCUUCCUGCCUUGGGCAAGAUCUUUCACAGCUUCGUGGCAGUCUUGCUACACCUAGUGCAACAGUGCCCAUAGAUCAGUGUCUGCCUCUUCAGCCUUCGGGUCUUCUGCAACUUCAGCCAGAGCUUUCCCAGCCUAUGAGAAAGCAGGUCUCAGCUCCAUGUUCAGCUAUCCAGUCGAUUACAGAGUCAUCUCAAGAGGAUGCAGUGCAGGAUAAACAGCAAACACUAUCCCAGAGCUGUGAAAGCUACAUGAUUCCUGACAUUGCUUCAGGUAGAGAGAUGAGCGAUAGCUUUGAAGGAGUGACUGGAAGUGGAAAACUAGAAGGAAAACCUUCAAAGAAGCAUAAGAAAUCUACACGUGCUCGUUCACGCCAGGAAAAGUCCAGCAAACCCAAACUGACCAUUCUCAAUGUUUGCAACACAGGGGAUAAGAUGGUAGAAUGUCAGCUUGAAACACACAAUCACAAAAUGGUGACUUUUAAGUUUGAUUUAGAUGGUGAUGCACCAGAAGAAAUUGCUACUUACAUGGUAGAGAACGAAUUCAUUUUGCAGACUGAAAAAGAAACAUUCAUUGAACAGAUGAAAGAUAUCAUUGAUAAAGCAGAAGAUAUGCUUAGUGAAGAUACAGAAGGAGAACGAAGUUCUGAUCAGGGAACAAGUCCCCAGCAGGAUGCUGACAGACUGGAAAUGGAUGAGGAAAAACGGCAAUAUCAAGUGAAGACACCUGUGUAUCAACAGAAUGUUUUACACACUGGGAAAAGAUGGUUUAUUAUAUGUCCGGUUGUGGAAAAUCCCACUGCUGAAGUACCGGAGUUCUCUCCACCAGUUCCUCAGAGCACACAACAGCCUGAAGGUCCAGAUGCAGAACAGGCUGACGAUCACCCAGUGAACUCUACAGUGACAGAUAAACCAAGUAUCUUAGCUUAUCAGCAGCUUUCUCAUCGAACAAGUUUGUGCGACAGUCCCAGUGCAACACCUGUUUCUUUGGCACAAGUUCCUAAUGCAGUGUCUUCAGCAGCUUUACAGACCCAGGCAGAAAUUUCAGCUGCGACAUUACCAGGGACUGUGCCAUAUGUGUUAGAGCAGGUUGCUGCUAAUACAGGUCGUCAAGAAUAUCCUUCACUACAGCCAAUGAUACCCAGUCAGCCCAAUACUUCUGCCCAUACUGCAGCUUCACUAGAAGAGCCUGCUGACAUUCAGCUUGUUCCAUUAUCCUCCCAACAAACACUACAGCCGAAAGAUGAAGACACUUGUAUUCCUGAUGUGGAGAUUUCAUGUUGCACUGUUGGGCCACCCAAAUCGUCUCAGACAGCCCCUGCCCAGGCGGCAGAAUUCUUUCCACUUCCUGUUAUCUCUGAUGUGGGAAUUUUAGAAAGUCAGCCUGCACCACAAAUCCCCCAUUUGUCAGAGGCCAGUCAGCCCAGUGUAGUGCAGCAUUCCUUUGUGAGCCAGAUGCUCCCAGUAGCUAUUGUUUCUGAUUCUCCAAGUCUGACAGGAUCUCAGCUUCAGAGUCCAACCCAAGUCUCAGGAGCUAUGUCCCAGCAACAUGUAAUGCUGACACAAUCCCAGCCAAUUGCCUGCACUGGGGUUGGCAUCAACUUGCUACAGCAGCCCUGUACAGUAGAGUCAGAUGGAGAGGGGCCACCCAGGGUUGACUUUGUUGACAACACAAUAAAAAGUCUGGAUGAGAAAUUACGUAAUUUACUUUACCAAGAGUAUGUUCCAACUUCUGCAUCAGCAGGGACACCAGACAGUUCUGUACCGUUAGAACAAGCUGACAGUGAGUUCGUUAACCUACCACCUUCUAUUGAAGACCACAUUCCCACUCUCAUACUGGAUUUAAGAGAACCGGGUUAUAAUGUUUCAGACACCUGCCAGCAAGUUAAUACUGCUAAAGACCAAUUCGUGUCAGUUGUCCCUGCUGAAAUGCCACUGUACCCUGUAUUGGCUAGUUGUACAACUGUACCCUGUAUACCCAUAAAUCCAGCAGAUACAGAAACUUCAGCCAUACUAAGAAGUGCUGCAGACCAAGUCAAAGAGACAAUGCUGGAAAGAUCUGAAACAACCAGCAUUGGUGUCAGUUCCUCAGAAGUAAGAGGUGGGUCUCCAUGCAGAAAAGGUUCUGCUGCCAGCGUUACUUCAACUCCUGCUGCUACAACAACAAAAGGUCUUCCUCAGGCUGCAUCUGCAUCAUCAAAUAUUGCUAAACAGAUGGAAACUUCUAAAACAAAUGAGAAGGCAAAGACCAUAACUCCAUCUGCACCCACAGAGAAUUUAAUACAGGCACCUAAAGUAGAUGGGGAGAUAAGUGACUCUGGUUCUUGUGGAAAGCAGACUGAAGUGCCUGAGAAUAGUACACCAGCCAAAACUAUUGGCAGGUUUUCUGUGAUCAGCACACAGGAUGAAUUAACUUUAACAUCACCACACUGCUUAAGGUUCUCUGCACCACCAGAUGUUUAUUUGGAUGAGCUUCCCUCCAGCCCUGAUCUGAAGACUUCAGUACGAAGAAUGCAGACAGCCUCUUCUGUUGAUGUCUUCUAUGACCAUGGUUCCAGCGAUUCUGGUGAUGAGUUUCUCCAACACCAAUCUCUUGCUGCUCAGCCCUCCGUGCAGAGUACUACUGCAGCCAGUGACUUAAUAAAAAAAGCAACUGCUUUUCUGCAAAGAUCUGGAAAGACCAUUUCACAAGGCCUGGAAUCCCCUAAUGGUCAGGGAGCAAAAAUUCCCACUAUCAAUAUAACAACUUUCCAUUCACAGUCAUCAUAUAUGAGCAGUGACAAUGACUCGGAAUUUGAAGAUGCAGAUAUGAAGAAAGAAUUGCAGAAUCUGAGAGAGAAGCACAUGAAAGAAAUAGCUGAACUGCAGACUCAGCAGAAAAAUGAGAUAGAGGCUCUCUAUGCUCGACUGGGAAAACCCUUGCCACCCAAUGUGGGGUUUCUUCACUCGGCCCCACCAAGUGGCCGCCGCCGAAGAACCAACAAAAAUAAAUUAAAAGGAGGAAAACUCUUAAACCCUCUGGUUCAGCAUCUCAAAAGUGAACCCUCAAAUACAAGUAAUUUGUCAGAGUGCAACGAGUCUCUCCCCAAAGAAACAACAAAAACUCAUUCUGGAUCUCCUGCAGCAACAGUAACUUCUUCUGCAUCAGCAACAUUUGGGAAAUCGGUUCAGACGCAACAGCCAUGCUCCGUUAAAGCCUCACUGUCUUCUGAUAUCUGCUCCGGCCUAGCCUCUGAAGGAGGUGGCACCCAUGGAAAUUCUGGCCAAGGCUGGACGGUUUUCCACCAAACGUCUGAGAGAGUGACCUAUAAAUCUAGUAGCAAACCUCGUACCAGAUUCCUCAGUGGACCUGUGUCUUUGUCCAUCUGGUCCACUCUGAAACGACUAUGUCUAGGCAAAGAUCACAGUAGUAGAUCCUCUACAAAUAGUCUUGUAACGUGUCCUGAGCCCCUACCACAGUCAACUCUGCAGGUCCAGGUGCAAGCUAACAACAGUAACAACAAGAAAGGAACCUUCACAGAUGAUCUUCACAAGCUGGUGGAUCAGUGGACAAGCAAGACUGUUGGAGUUGCACAGACAAAACCUUCUUUGAAUCAACUGAAACAGAACCAAAAAAGGCAAGACAUGGAGCCAAAGGCUAAUCCCAUGCAGAUCCAGAAUGAGACAUGUGGCGUUAAUUCAGUAAGAACAGGAAUGGGGAAAAAGUGCGUUGUUCCAGUGUCUUGUCCCAUGUCAGCUGCAUUAACUCCUGGAGUUUCACCAUCCAUGCCAGUGCCUAUGCCAGGUACUACUCUUUCUGGCACAGUAACACCUUAUGUGAUGCCUCUUUAUCAAUAUGGAGGAGUUUUCCCUACACCAGUUUAUGGAAUACAGUGGUCGGGCACAACAGCACAACCUGGGAUUGUAGGUGGUCAGAGCAUUGCACAGUUCUCGGCUCUUGGCAAAACUGGCUUGCAGAUGUAUCCAGUGUCCCUGCAGCAACCUGCUGCCAGUCCACCUGGCCCUAACAUGAGAAUGACAUAGCUUUGUUGCCUUUUGAUAGCUAACAAUGAUGUCAAAAUUGUAAUGCAGAGUGUUUGAGCCUAUAGAUGCCAUAUGUGUUUGAAGAGGUAUGGUUCUACUGCUGGCACCCAGUUCAGGCCUAAUAGCGUACACAGCCAUAUACUGCAUCAAGCAAUCACUGUGAAAUGUUUUCACAAAAGGUAGUUUGUUUGUUAUGGCAAUAUUUGCUUAUAUUUCAUUGCUGAAGACACUUUAUUAUGUUGUGUUCUGGUGAUUUACACUUGCAAUCUUUAAAGUUAAUGUACUUGAAUUGAUGAUCAGAAAAUUGUACUAACCCCUGCAGGAGUACAGUGCCUUGAAUUUAAGCUUUUCAGUUCCAGCUGGAAAGAGAUGUACAAAUAUUUGAAAGGUGUAUUUUAUUUACAAUCUGCUUGUGAGUUAAAUUUUUUUUAUUUGCAAAAAUCCUGAAAGUUUACAAUUGAAGCUCUCUACCAGUUUUUUUCAUUUUCUACUGUAAAUGCUUUUAUUUUAAUUGGUGGGGUGAAUUUGGAUUUUUGAGGCUUUUAAAAAGUUAGCAAGGGGGGGAGGAUUCAAUGGGGACUCUGAUCUCAAGUUUAUUUGCAUUUGUACAGUGACUAAUGAAAUAUGCAUUUUAAAAUAGGAGCAUUUACAGGAGCAAGGAAAGUAAGUUGUAUAUAAGAACAGGUAAUAGCUUUGGGCAGUGCAAUUCAUUCUGUUAUGCAGUUGUUGGUAAAGUUGUUGCAGGUGACAACUUUUAUUUUUGUAACAGGGAACUGGCAGACAAAUACUACUUUUAGUUCAACAGCAAAUGGAUUACAUUUUCUUUCUGUUGAUGGGCUUGUGUAGUUCAGUUAAAUUACAAAUCCAUGCAUGUUUCAUAAGUGAAAAAUCUAACUGAAGUCUUGAUUAUAGGAGAACCCAUCUCCAGGUUACUGUAAGAACUAUGUAAGUACAGUACUUGCAUGUAUGCUGCCUUCCAUUCUGUCGGUGAUGCUGGUUAAGAAUGGUGUUGUCACUGAAGUGAUAAGUGUGCACACUGAAAUGGAAUAAAAUGUGAAAUUCUUUCUUUUUUUCUUCCUUGACCAAUGAAUCCUUCAGUUCUGGUGUCUGACCACAUCUUGUUUGAAUUUUUUUUAAUUUUAAUUAAGUUUGCACUGUAGGUAGCAUGGACACCUCUUCUGUUUGAAAGUUGCUUUUUUGUCCAUUUUACUGUGCAUAGAAUCUACAUCUUCACCUCUCAGUCUAAAGGCACGAGGUAACCACUGUAACUGAUUUGCUGAUGGUAAGUUUCAUUUUACUAGAAAGCACUAAGGGAAACCAUUAUGGGCACUGGUAACAAAACAUUACAAGGUCAAAUUUGAAGACACAUUGCUCUAUAUCUCUUUACUGCAAUGACAUUUUAUACUAUCUGCUGAAGGGCAGAGAUGUCUUGUGCUGCCAAGCUGUGAAUUGUUUAGUUCUAUUGUACUUUGAGCAUUAUAACUGUCUAAAUUAUUUUGUUUGUACCCUUUGAAUAUAUUAUUCCAUCAAUUCAGUUAGAAUUGAAUUUUAUAGACAAUUUUGCAGAGUCUUCUGCCUGGGCAAGAUACUUACUGUAGUAAGAGAUUUCUGUUCUCUGUAACAUGUAUCUUUAAUUUGUUGGGUUUUUUGUUUGUUUUUUUUAGAUUUAUGUCUGUAUGCUUCAUGAGCAAACAUGGAAAAUAUGUUCUCACACCAUUUCUCCUUCAGCUUGCACUGAAUCUUACAGUUUGUCGCUAUUGCCUGUUGUAUAGUCCAUCCCUUGUAUACUGACAAAGUCAGUGGCACUAAGAACCCCAAGAGAUUGUAUAUAUUAAAGAAAAAUAAACAUUUUGUGCUUGAAAA